AUGCACAUCAAAUUUGAUCGGCCGCGACAGCUCGUAUCACCCGUGCUGUUAGUGAAGAAGAAGGAUGGCAGCUCUCGGUUAUGUAUAGACUACAGACAAUUAAAUAAGCUGACCAUCAAGAACAAGUACCCAUUACCUAGGAUUGAUGACUUGCUAGAUCAAUUACAUGGGGCUGCAGUGUUCUCAAAGAUUGAUUUGAGAUCCGGGUAUCAUCAAAUCAGGGUUAAGGAAGACGACAUCCAGAAGACAGCAUUUAGGUCUCGUUAUGGGCAUUAUGAAUAUGUGGUGAUGCCUUUUGGAGUAACGAACGCCCCCGCAGUGUUCAUGGAGUAUAUGAACCGCAUAUUCAGGCCCUAUUUGGAUAAGUUUGUGGUCGUCUUCAUAGAUGAUAUUCUCAUCUAUUCCAAGACUGAAGACGAGCAUGAAGAGCAUCUUAGACUUGUACUUGGAGUGUUGAGGGAGAAGGAAUUAUAUGCCAAGUUGUCUAAGUGCGAAUUCUGGAUGAAGGAGAUUCAGUUUUUGGGUCAUGUGGUGUCGGCUGGAGGCAUCUCGGUAGAUCCAGCGAAAGUACGAGCGAUACUGGAAUGGGAGAGUCCGCGUUCGGUCACAGAGGUGCGUAGUUUUGUUGGACUGGCGGGCUACUACAGACGUUUCAUCGAAGGCUUUGCUAGAAUAGUGGCGCCGCUAACUCAGUUGACCCGAAAAGAUCAGCCGUUCGCUUGGACCGAUCGUUGUGAGGCCAGUUUCCAGGAGUUGAAAGUGAAAUUGACGAGCGCUCCAGUGUUAGUUAUUCCGGACACGUCUAAAUCAUUUGAGGUAUAUUGCGACGCUUCUCAUCAAGGUCUGGGUUGUGUUUUGAUGCAAGAGAAGCGAGCGGUAGCUUAUGCGUCUCGUCAGUUGAGGACUCACGAGAGGAAUUACCCAACGCACGACCUGGAGUUGGCAGCGGUCGUUUUUGCGCUAAAGAUUUGGAGGCAUUUCUUGUAUGGAUCCACGUUCCAAGUCUUCAGUGAUCACAAGAGUCUCAAGUACCUCUUUGAUCAGAAGGAAUUGAAUAUGAGGCAGAGGAGGUGGCUCGAGUUCUUGAAGGACUAUGACUUCGAGCUACUCUAUCAUCCAGGAAAGGCGAACGUAGUAGCGGACGCUCUAAGCAGGAAGGUGGUGCAUGUGUCGUCCAUGAUGGUGCACGAGCUAAGCUUGGUGGAGAGUUUCAGAAAUCUAAGGUUACGGUUUGAGUUAGAACUGAGCAGCAUCAAGUGUUGUAACCUUAGCAUAUCUAGCGAUGUGUUUGAUCGGAUUAGGAUGAAGCAACGCGAGGAUGAAGAGCUGGUGAAGAUCUUAAGCGCGCUCGGUACGGAUCAAGCUAAGUGGUUCAAUACGGGAACAGACGGCAUGUUGCGUUACAUGGGCAGAACGCUAACGAAGAGCGCCCACUUCCUAGCAGUUAACUUGAAGAUGUCGAUGACCAACCUAGCCAAGUUGUAUAUCCAAGAGAUCGUUCGCCUACAUGGAGUGCCGUCGAGCAUCAUUUCCGAUCGAGACACAAGGUUCACUUCACGGUUUUGGCAGUCACUUCAAAGCGAGCUCGGUAGUAAGUUGCAAAUGAGUUCGGCAUAUCACCCUCAGACGGACGGUCAGUCUGAACAGACCAUCCAGACGUUAGAAGAUUUGCUGAGGACGUGCGUCCUAGAUCACUUAGGCGCAUGGGAUGAGAUCCUGCCGCUAGUGGAGUUCACGUAUAACAACAGUUUCCAAGCGAGCAUUGGAAUGGCACCGUUCGAAGCACUCUAUGGGAGGAAAUGCCGAACGCCACUUUGUUGGUUCAAGGAAGGAGAGCAAGUGCUGACUGGACCUGAGCUUAUCCAGCAAACGACCGAGAAAGUCAAGCAAAUCCAGGAGAGAUUGAAGACGUCUUUGAGCAGGCAGAAGUCGUACGUUGAUAAGAGGAGAAGACCGUUGGAAUUCGCUGCAGGAGACCAUGUGUUCCUUCGACUCAAUCCAGUCACUGGUGUAGGACGAGCCGUUCAUCCAAAGAAGCUGUCUCCCAAAUUCAUUGGGCCAUACCAGAUCCUGAGAAAGAUCGGACCAGUAGCGUACGAGCUUGCAUUGCCACCCCAGCUAUCCAACCUUCACCCCGUUUUCCACGUCUCUCAACUUCGGAAGUAUAUAGCGAAUCCAUCCCAUGUACUAGAGUUGGAAGACAUUCAACUACGUCCCGACCGAACGUUAGAAUUACGUCCAGUUCGAAUGGAAGAUAGCCGCACCAAGUACUACAAAGGCAAGGAAGUUCGUUUGGUGAAGAUGGUGUGGGACGCUAAGACUGGUGAUUCAACGUGGGAGGUUGAGAGCGCCAUGAAGGACUUAUACCCUAGUCUAUUUUCAGGUUAG